GUAGUGACGCCUCUUGCGCUGAGAUGUAGUGCCUUAGACCGCUGCGCCACUCUGGGAGCCCCAUAACAGAGAUGGUAACAACACAGUAAAUGUGCAAGAGGGACAACUAGUUGCUAAAGCUAGCGCUUUGAUUGGAGCGUUUCGCUUCCGCAGCUGCGCAGACACGAGGGACCUGGCUGGAGCUGUCAUCUGGAAAGGGAGGAGAGGAACAGAAGAGAAUAACGAAAUAAACGCAGCGAGGACGCGAACACUCAAGAAAGAGUCAGAAGCUGUCUUCCUGGUGAAGCCAUAUGAUUGGCUGAAGCAUCACUCCUCUGUCUGUGAUUGGUCAUCGAGUGUAGACGCUGUGAUUGGCUGAGAAGUCCAAACAUGGACCCACACCAUCCUGGGGUGACCAACAAUCCUUAGCUCUACGGAGGCCCCGCUUCUUCGGUGAGGAUGUCAAUAGACGUGGCCAAUAGGAACGGCCCUGCCCUGACUCCUCCCGCCUCACUCAGCCUUCGCUCCUCCCACAAUCGUGAUGUCAGUGGCGGUGAUGUCACCAGGCUAGGUUGGGCCACGUUUCCUAAGUGUCGAAAGAAGUAUUGUCUGACCAGCAUCCAGAAUGCAAUGGGGCUGAGUGACGUAACUCUUCCUCCGUCGUCGUUGACUCCCAACAAUCCCGAACUGGCCAAGAACGGGCUGAACGCCCGGCGCAAAGCAGCCGAACCACAUGGACAUGACCACAACAAGAACACGACCCCUGACCCCGACUCAACCACAGCCGAACCACAUGGACAACAUGACCACAACAAGAACACGACCCCUGACCCCGACUCAACCACAGCCGAACCACAUGGACAACAUGACCACAACAAGAACACGACCCCUGACCCCGACUCAACCACAGCCGAACCACAUGGACAACAUGACCACAACAAGAACACGACCCCUGACCCCGACUCAACCACAGCCGAACCACAUGGACAACAUUACCACAACAAGAACACGACCCCUGACCCCGACUCAACCACAGCCGAACCACAUGGACAACAUGACCACAACAAGAACACGACCCCUGACCCCGACUCAACCACAGAGGACUGCAAUACAACUGUCAAUGAGGACAGCCUCACCAAGAUGAACUUCGACCCCGACACCAAGACACACCUGGACCUGAAAACUAACGUGAACUCAGACCUGGAAAGCAUCACGAACGUGACAGACGACGGGGAUGACAUCAGCAUCCUGUCUGAGAAGGAGAUGAAAAUAGAGGAGGAAGAGAGGAACAAAGCAGUCCUGAAGACACCCCUCCCCUCUCCUCCUCCUCUCCUCUGA